AUGAGUAGUGUUAGAUUGAGCUUCGUAUCCGUGAGUAGGAUAGCAGUAAGAAGAAAUUCACAAUUAAUAUCAGGGGUACAGCAAUGUCGCGCGUUACGACGGUCUUGUCCGCGCGAGCUCUCAACAUGUGCUGUUCUGUGCAAGAGUCCCACAGAACAACCGCCGGGCCCUCCACACCACACACAUCCACCUAAAGAACCAACUAAUACAGGCACAACAGGAGGCAAAAAAUCAGGCUCAGGCAGUGGUGUGCUCACUUGCCCCAAAUGCGGGGACCCUUGCACUCACGUGGAAACCUUCGUCAGUAGCACUAGAUUCGUCAAGUGCGAUAAGUGUCAUCAUUUCUUCGUAGUCCUCAGUGAGGUUGACACGAAGAAGAGCAUCAAAGACAACGCUGAAAACAAAUCUGGGUUUUACAGAAAACCACCGCCUCCUCCCAAGAAGAUCUUCGAAUACCUGAACAAACAUGUCGUUGGUCAGGAAUACGCCAAGAAGGUCCUAUCAGUGGCUGUAUACAAUCACUACAAGAGGAUCUAUAAUAAUAUCACCAGUGGGGCACCACCAGACGCCCACCACCCACUACACCAUACGCACAGAGGUAAUCUAAAAGAUCUACUCAACUUGAACAACGCAGGUGGUGGCGGCGCUGGCGCGGAGGUGUUAGAGCGACAGAACCACGAGCUGCGCCUCGACAAGAGCAACGUCCUGCUGCUGGGACCCACUGGAUGUGGUAAAACAUUGUUAGCUCAAACGAUAGCACAAUGCCUGGACGUGCCGUUCGCGAUCUGCGACUGCACCACGCUCACGCAAGCCGGCUACGUCGGUGAGGACAUCGAAAGUGUCAUUGCCAAGUUAUUGCAAGACGCCAACUUCAAUGUGGAGCGAGCACAAACAGGCAUUGUCUUCCUGGACGAGGUCGAUAAAAUUGGCGCCGUACCAGGGAUACACCAACUACGAGAUGUUGGAGGCGAAGGAGUCCAACAAGGCAUGUUAAAAAUGCUGGAAGGUGCGGUCGUAUCAGUUCCGGAGCGGAAUUCUCGCAAAUUAAGGGGUGACGCCGUCCAAGUUGACACCACAAACAUAUUGUUUGUGGCUAGCGGUGCUUACAACGGACUCGACAGGCUGGUGCAGCGGCGCUCUAACGAGAAGUACCUCGGGUUCGGUGCGUGGGACGCGCGCUCGGGGCGGCGCGCGGCGCUGGCGCAGGCGCGCUCGGACGCGUCGCCGCUCGACAGCGCGCAGCAGGACAACGACGAGCGGGACGCCUGGCUGCGCAAGGUGCAGGCGAGGGACCUCAUCGACUUCGGCAUGAUCCCGGAGUUCGUCGGCCGAUUUCCAGUGUUGGUGCCGUUCCACAGUUUAAACCAGGACCUACUUGUGCGGAUAUUAACAGAACCUAAAAACGCUAUGGUAUCUCAGUACAAAUUGCUGUUCGCGAUGGACAAAUGCGAUCUGUCCUUCAGCGAUGACGCCCUGAAAGCUGUAGCCGGUCUCGCCAUGGAACGAAAAACUGGCGCCCGAGGACUCCGAGCCAUCAUGGAGAACCUGCUUCUGGAGGUGAUGUUCGAGAUUCCGGGGUCGGACAUCGCGGGCGUGCACAUCCACGAGGGCUGCGUGAUGCGCGCCGAGGCGCCGCGCGUGCAGCGCCGCCGCGAGCCCAGCGCCAGCGAGCGCGCCGCGCACGCCGACCUCGACGACUGGCCCUCGGUAGAACAGCCUAGGACCCUGAGCUCGUCCAAUCAAACAGGCCUGAGAACGGACCCGGUCGGUACCCUGGUGCCUGAGCCUCGAGACAUUUGUGAUGUCGACAAUCUCCCUGUGGUGGAAGUGGGGGAUGACGGUGACGACCUAGAGAUCCCACACGACAGUGUUGCCAUUGACGAACCUGCCUGUACAGACAGAGACCUAGCAUGUGCUAACUAAUGUGUGUGUGACUACGGGCUCUGUUCCCUCAAACCCAAAUCGGAUGAUCAAUGUGCGAUUUUAGACUCAAGAUAA